UAUCUUUAACUUCCGUGACUGCUUGCUAGCAAGCUACUAGCUAGCUCUAUAGUUGAUACUACAUUGAUACUUUGUUGUAGGUCGGUAGCUAACGUUAACAAUAGUUAGUCGACAGAACGACAACAGCAAUAGCUUGAAAGCAGAUCAUUUCAAAAAUACAUUCCUGUUUUCGAGCCUGAAAGUACCUGGCAGGCAACCAGCCCUCCAGAGUAAGUCAAAGUUAACUAUACGUGUUCACUUAAAAUUAGCUACCCUUCGCUAUAGCAGUUAUAGCUAGCCUCUUCAUAGUUAGCCAGACUUAGUUAGAAAUGAAAAACCAAACUAAGGCCAAUAUCAGGUAUUAAAGAACGUAAAACAAAGGUUUGGAAAUGACAACGAAUGGCAGCCAAGCUAAUUCAGCUUUAGUCUCCGAGCUAUCCUUUUCUUUCCAGGACGAACUGACUGCCACUAUACACAAUGCAUUUGGGGUAGCCGUGGAGAUAGCGGUGCUGGAGAUCACAAAACUGGUAGGCCAAGCCCUGGGGGAUGUUCGCGACCAAAUGCACGAAACGUUGCGAGAGAAUAAGUCCCUGAAACAGCGUUUACAAGCUGCAGAGCUUGAGGUAUGCGCCUUGCGUGGUCGCGUCGAUGAUGAAAGUAAAGUUCAACCGGUUGCGCCCGGUAGGUUUAGCCCUACCGGUGGAAUUCAACAGGUUCACAUGCCGCCGGUCCCCGAAAAUGAAAGCGUACAAAGUCACCCCAAAAUCGGCAAACAAAAGCUUCAGAGGAAUACAGACUCAAGAUCAAAACAACCAACAGACCCGCUGUUGAAUGUUGAUGAAAGGUAUGGGUUCUUGGCAACGGCGGAGGCCAAUGCACAACACAACAAAUCGUUUUGCGAAAUUCGCGAGGAUGGUCGUGUCUGCUCCCAUGACCUAAACUCAGAUUUAGGAGGCGAAUCAACUUCAAGAACUGAAUCUCAACAACUAACGGUUACAGAGGGAAGCUGCCACAAUUUGUUCCCAGUGAGCCAGGUGGAAAUGGUACAGUUUGAUCACACAGCACCAGCUGCAUGUUCAGACACCACUGCGGGAGUGGACACACCAAGGACUCUUGUUGAGGAUCAGACAAUACCUGUUGCUGUCUGUCAGAAAUCUGAAGCAGAACAGCCACUAGAGGUGAAGGAAGAGUCACCUGACCUUGCCUGUGGUUCAGGUUCUCCCUCCUUUGUCGGAGGAGAGGAAGACAUCUGUCCCGACAGCCUCUCUCUUGCUCAGUCCAAACUCCUUGAGGAUUGGAAGCCUGAACCACUGCAUCUACAGAGCGGUGACACAGACUGUCUCAUUCCCUGCACCAGCCACUCGAUGCCUGAUUCAGUUGUCUUCAACCCAGAGAUACCAGAUGUGCUCGCCCCCGCAGCCAGUGGCCUUCCUUUACCCUUCUCCGAACCCUACUCGCCUGACCAAACAGCAGGGAUCUCCAUUUCCGGACAGCCGUUCGGCACCCAGAUGACCACCUCGAACACAAAGAUGCCUUCGGGCACGCAUGUCUGCAAGAUCUGCGGCGAGGUGUUCCACCUGGCCGGGGAGCUGCGCAGACACCGCUCUCAGCAUCACAGCCCCACGGCCAACAAGAACCCCAAGCGGCAGGUCUUCCCCCCGGGCCGCAGCCCCUACCACUGCUCCCUGUGCGGCCGCGACUUCAACCGCAUGGAGCACCUGAAGAUCCAUCAGCGUAUCCACACCGGCGAGCGGCCCUACGCCUGCUCCGUCUGCAACACCCGCUUCCGCCACUCGUGGGCGCUGACGAGGCACUUCCGCAUCCACACGGGAGAGAAGCCCUACGUCUGCAACCAGUGCGGCAAGACCUUCCGCAACUGUGGGGGGCUUCGCUUCCACCAGCGGUCGCAUUCCAUGGGAGGGGCUGUCUGACGUAUUAAGCACAGGAGGCCAUGGAAACGAAGUGAGGUGGAGAAAGAGAGAAUGAGGAAGAGAGAGAGCAUUGAGCAAGGGAGAAAUAAACAUCCAGAGAGUUGGAUGUAGAGUAUGUGGGAUGGGGAAAGCUGGUAGUGAAUGCAUGUUAUUAUGGAGACCUCCUCUGCUUACCCAAACAUCAGCCUGGAAGAAAUGGGAAUGCAAUAAGAGGGUUUCAGCGUAGGUCCUUCUGGAUAUGGGGUGAACGAACUCACACGUUGGAAUUGCAUCAGACGUGAUCUUUACCUCUGCAGAGCUCCACCCCUCCAUUUGCUGAAAGAAGACUGUAAGACCGUAAAGAAAACUGCUUAUAGUUCAAAUUCUAACUGUAAAAACCCUCCGUGACAGCAGUAUUUUCUACAACCACGAAAAGAACUAUC